AUGGGGGAUCGUCGGUUGGACCAGCGGCUGAAGAAUGGGGCUGGAUUAUCGAGCGAAGAGCAUGGGCCUUCCAAUACGGAAUCGAGUGGCUUCGUCCAACACAAUAGCUGCCUGUUUUUCGGAGAAUUCGCUCGAACGGUUACAGUGAUGGAAGUGCGCAUGGUACUAGCAGCAAAAUGCGAAAUUCACUUGGUUUCUCAGUGGGACGCUAGGAUCUGCGCUACGAAGAUGCAGCUUCUUUUUCACUGCCAGUUGCUACGCCUCGAAUUCUGGAGGAAAAAUAAAUCCAAUGCGGUCGUUCGUGCCGCAGUUCAAAGGUUGCUGAAGAAGUCAAGAAAACUCAGGAAAGUGGUGGUUGAGCAGAAACUCGAAGUGUUGAAUAGUAAGCGAUAUCAGCCUUCAACUAGCAAGUUCAGGAUAUCUGUAUGGAUCACACUGUCUAUGGCUGUCCAUUUGCUUUUGCUAAUUCAUUCGCAUUUAGCUUGCAUGGAACGGGAAAGGCCAAGUCUUCUGGAACCGUCGGAGCCCCAUACGAUUAAAAAUUUGAACUCAGUGAAGCCUGAAGCCGUUUUCGCGUCAGAAGUUCAGGAAACCUCUGUGGAAUGUACACUCUAUUGCUGA